GCGGUGUUUCCUCUUCUCUCCCCUGUGUGGCUGCAGCUUGGGCCUUGCCUGAUCAGCCUGACCAUGGCUUCAGCUUUGGAAGAGCUACAGAAAGAUCUAGAAGAGGUGAAGGUGCUGCUGGAAAAGGCCGCUAGAAAAUGAGUACAUGAGGCCCUUACAGCUGAAAAAGCCAAGACAGAGACAGAAAUCAAGAACAAGAUGCAGCAGAAAUCACAGAGAAAAGCAGAACUUCUUGACAGUGAAAAGCCAGCUGCUGUGGUUGCUCCUAUUACAACAGGAUAUACAGUGAAAAUCAGUAAUUACGGAUGGGAUCAGUCAGAUAACUUUGUGAAAAUCUACAUUACCUUAACUGGAGUUCAUCAAGUCCCCACUGAGAAUGUGCAGGUGCAUUUCACAGAGAGGUCAUUUGAUCUUUUGGUAAAGAAUUUAAAUGGGAAGAGUUACUCCAUGAUUGUGAACAAUCUCUUAAAACCCAUCUCUGUGGAAGGCAGUUCAAAAAAAGUCAAGACAGAUACACUUCUUAUCUUAUGUAGAAAGAAAGCUGAAAACACAUGGUGGGACUACCUUACUCAGGUUGAAAAAGAAUGCAAAGAGAAAGAAAAGCCCUCCUAUGACACUGAAACAGAUCCUAGUGAAGGACUGAUGAAUGUUCUAAAGAAAAUUAAUGAAGAUGGAGAUGAUGAUAUGAAGCGAACCAUUAAUAAAGCUUGGGUGGAAUCGAGAGAGAAGCAAGCCAAAGGAGACACAGAAUUUUAAGACUUUAAAGUCAUUUUGGGAACUGUGAAGUGGAAAUAUUGAUGUUUCCAAUGAGGAAAUGUUGGUGAGCUGCACAGAUAAAUCUGACAU